AUGAGGAAGGCGGAAGGAGUAGAAGUUGAUAAGGAGAAGAUAUCUGCCAUGACUAAUUGGCCGAUUCCUAGAAAUCUUAAUGAACUCCGUGACUUCCUAGGGCUCAUUGGAUAUUAUAGAAAAUUUAUUGCCAACUAUGCUUCAAUUGCAUGGCCACUAACGGAAUUGUUAAGAAAGGAUGCAUUCAAUUGGUCAGGAGAAGCACAAGCCGCUUUUUCUAGCCUUAAACAAGCAAUGACUAUGGCUUCAGUAUUAACAUCAAAAAAUUUUUUACAAGAAUUUAUUGUGGAAACCAAUGCUUUUGGAUCAUUCUCAUGCAACAAGGGUGCCCAAUAG